AUGGAAGGGAUGAUGGAUAAGGGUGUAUUGGAUGACAUAAUAAGGAGGCUGCUGGAGGGUAGAGGUGGAAAACAGGUACAGCUAUCGGAGGGUGAGAUCCGUCAGCUAUGCGUCAACGCUCGCCAAAUCUUCCUCUCUCAACCCAAUCUUCUUCAGAUCCAUGCACCCAUCAGGAUCUGUG